CGACUGCGACCGUUCUGUCUUUUCCAGUUCAAUGUUCCAUCGAGCAGACACAAUCACGUGCAUGUACUAGCCGUUUAAGUUACCCGUCUUUAAACAUCCAGAUUCCCGUGUUUCAUCGAAACACACGACAGAAACAACCAUGGUAAAGUUAGCAAAGGCAGCAAAUCAACAAGCUCAGAAGAAAAAAGCACCCCCACCUAAACAGGUGGAGGAAGAAGAGGACUCCAGUGAGGAGGAGAGCAGCGAAGAGGAAGAGACUCCUGCAAAGGUUGCAAAGAAAGCAACUCCAGCAAAAGCUAAACCAGCUGCCAAAAACGGUGUUACUGCUAAAAAGGCUGAAAGUGAGGAUGAAGACGAUGAUUCGGAAGAGUCAUCCGAGGAAGAGGCGCCUCCACCUAAAAAGACACCUGCAAAGACCACACCUGCAAAAGCAAAAACACCAGCUAAACCCACACCAGCUAAAGUAGCCCCUGCAAAAGCAGAGGAGUCGGAUGAUGACGACGAUGAUGAUGAGUCAGAAGAAGAGGCCCCACCCCCCAAGAAAGCAGUCAAGCCAGCUGCAAAGCCUGCCAAGGGUGCUGCCAAGGCCCCAGCAAUGGCAGCUGCCAAGGCCGCCGCCGAAGAGUCCUCUGAUGAUGACGAUGAAGAGGACGAUUCAGAAGAAGAGGCCCCACCACCCAAGAAGACUCCACAAGCCAAACAAUCAGCAAAGCCAGCAGCUAAAGUACAGGCUGCUGAAGAGUCAUCUGAGGAAGAUGAAGAUGACUCUGAAGAAGAGAUGGAUACCACUCCAGCUCCUGCAGCCGCCAAAGCAAAGAAAGCAGGCAUGGUCAAAGCAAAAGAGGAGUCUGAGGACGACGAUGAGGAGGAUGAUGAUGAGGAGGAGGAGGAAGAAGAGGAAGCUCCAGUAAAACCUGCAAAGAGAAAAGCAGAAACCAAAAAAGAGACGCCACUUGCCAAAAAAGCAAAGUCAGAUGGUGAAGGUUUUAGUCUUUUUGUUGGAAACUUGAACUCCAACAAAGAUUUUGAAGAGAUCAAAGAGUCGUUGAGAAAAUUCUUCACAAAAAACAAUGUUGAGGUCACCGACGUCCGGCUUGGAGGGUCAAAGAAAUUUGGCUAUGUAGACUUUGCAACUGAGGAAGAUCUUAACAAAGCUCUAGAGCUCAAUGGCAAGAAAGUCAUGGGUCAGGAGGUGAAACUGGAUAAGGCCCGCAGCAAGGAGAACUCACAGGAGGGCAAGAAAGAGAGGGAUGCCCGGACACUGUUUGUGAAAAAUCUACCUUACUCUGCAACAACCGAUGACCUGAAAGAGCUGUUUGAAAGCGCCGUUGAUGUCAGGCUACCUCAAGGCCAAAGUGGUUCAAACAGAGGCAUUGCCUAUAUUGAGUUCAAAACCGAGGCUGAAGCAGAGAAGAUGUUGGAGGAGGCCCAGGGCGCUGAACUGCAGGGGAGGUCCAUCAUGGUUGACUAUGUUGGAGACAAGAGCCAAAAAGGAGCAAGGGGCUCUGCAAUGGGAGCUACCAGCAAAACAUUGGUGGUGAAUAACCUCUCCUUCGGUGCCACAGAGGACGUGCUGCAGUCCACUUUUGAGAAGGCCGUCUCUGUAAGGAUCCCUCAAAGAGACGGAAGACCUAAAGGCUUUGCUUUCGUAGAAUUUGAUAACGCAGAUGAUGCCAAGGAAGCUUUGGAAAACCUCAACCACACGGAAAUAGAGGGCCGCUCCAUCCGACUGGAGUUCAGCCAGAACAGCGGUGGAAGAGAUGGAGGCAGAGGAAACUCUGGUCCAACAAAAACUCUUUUUAUUAAGGGUCUUUCCGAGGAAACGACAGAUCAGACUCUUAAGGACUCCUUUGAAGCAGCUGUGGCAGCCAGAAUAGUUACAGACAGGGACACUGGUGCAUCAAAGGGUUUUGGUUUUGUGGACUUCGAUAAUGAGAGUGAUUGCAAGGCAGCAAAAGAGGCCAUGGAAGACAGUGAAAUAGAUGGGAGCAAAGUGACCCUGGACUACGCCAAGCCAAAGGGUGAAGGUGGCUUCCGUGGAGGCAGAGGUGGAGGCGGCGGGGGAGGACGAGGUGGUUUCCGCGGAGGCCGCGGCGGGUUUGGUGGCUUCGGUGGUCGCGGUGGAGGCAGAGGAGGAAGGGGUGGACGUGGAGGCGGACGUGGUGGUUUUGGAGGUGGAAGAGGAGGUGGAUUUGGGUCCAAACCCCAGGGAAAGAAAAUCAAGUUUGAUGACUAAAUCUUUGGUCUAUUUGUUUUUUUAUGUUUUGCAACGGACUCUGGCUUCAUCAUUUUUCAGAGCCUUUGGACAUUCCAGAAAUUGUCAUAGUUAUAUUUAACUGUAAACGGGGCAUUUUAAGCCCUUUUAUCUAGACCUCCCUCAUCUACUAUACCUUCCUGUGCCAGAAUGGUACUUCAGACCUUUUCAGCUUUUGUGCUACAUGUGAGACCUGAAUGUCCCAAAUGCAGACCUGCACCUCUUUUCCUCCUAAGGUUUUUCAGAAGGAGUAAAAUGGAAUAUCUGAAAAGCAAACUGCUUGUUUUGUCAGAUAUAUUGUGUAAAUUUAAACAGUUUGUAUGUUUUCAUUUUACCUUUUUGUAAAAAAGAAUUUACCCUUGUAUCCAUUUUUAUUUUGUUUGUGUUUUAGGUUUCAUUAAGUUUUACUGUGAGGUUCCCCCCCCCCCUCCCCCCCAUGGUUCAUGCCGCUGAAUGUCUGUCACAGUUCUUUGACAGGGAUGAGUUGCUGAGUAAGUUGUGGAUGCAAGACCACUGUAUUAACCAAUUUUGUUUCCCCAUCUCAAGAUUUUCAAUUGAUGUAAUAAAACCUGAUAGGGAAUAUUUUUAAUUUUUUUGUCGAAAUUAAAUCUGCAAUGUCUGGCUUGCAAAAUGAGGUAUAAAACGGGUCAGAAAGUA